AUGCAAGCUUUGGUGAGGGGAGGUUGCAUGCCAGCAGCACCAUUGGUUGAUAUUUGUAACUUGAGUCUGCAUAUUAGGAACUUAAAUGAUGACCUAAUUCCAGCAGUGGUAUUUCCUCUUGGAGGAAUGCCGAAUUUGAAUACUUUGCACAUAAAGUGCACCUUCAGCUCAGGAGUGGCUAAUUAUUUAUGUUCCGGGAUCAAUAUGGAAUAUUGGAAACUACAAGGCCUUGCUUUCAUUUAUCAGCUCAAAGAGGCAACCCUGGAGCUUUCCAAUGGGUUCAAUGGAAUUGAGUUUGCUAGGUAUAUCCUCGAGCAUGCCCCAAAUUUGGAGAAAAUGGUCAUAUUUCAUUUACAAAAGUACUCUGAUGAUGUAUGGGAGUUAAAAGACAACGUCAUUUCUAAUGCCACAGUUGUCUCUCAAGUCAGAAAGCCAGAGAAGAAAAGUUGGUCUGAUUUUGUUUAG